CAUAGGAUACAUAGUGAGUUUAAGGGCAGCCUGAACUAUAUACUGAGACUCUGUUUCCAAAAUAAAGUCCCUGGUGUGGGCCAAUUACCUAAAAGGUGACAAUAGCAGCCCAAAGAGGGACAAGGAUUUGCCUGAAGGGGCAUUAUACCCUCUCCUUCAUGCUCAGUCAUUCCUGCAUUCAUUGAUUCACCAGGCACCCAGUCCGUGUCCAGCAGUACACUGGGGACCCCAAAUGGACACUGCUAUGGAAGCCAACUUGGGCGCUGCUGGCCUCGGGCCCCGCACAGAGCUGGAUGAUGAGGACUACUACCCCCAGGGUGGCUGGGACACAGUGUUCCUUGUGGCCCUGCUGCUCCUGGGGCUGCCAGCUAAUGGACUGAUGGCAUGGCUGGCUGGUUCACAGGCCCGGCAUGGGGCGGGCACGAGGCUGGCCCUGCUUUUGCUUAGCCUGGCCCUCUCCGACUUUUUGUUCCUGGCAGCAGCAUCCUUUCAGAUCUUGGAGAUCCAGCAUGGAGGGCACUGGCCACUGGGGACAGCUGCCUGUCGCUUCUACUACUUCCUGUGGGGUGUGUCCUACUCCUCCAGCCUCUUCCUGCUGGCAGCCCUCAGCCUGGACCGUUGCUUGCUGGCACUGUGUCCACACUGGUACCCUGGGCACCGCCCAGCUCGCCUACCCCUCUGGGUCUGUGCUGGGGUCUGGGUGCUAGCCACACUCUUCAGUGUGCCCUGGCUGGUUUUCCCUGAGGCCACCAUAUGGUGGUAUGACCUGGUCAUUUGCCUGGACUUCUGGGACAGUGAAGAGCUGCCACUGCGGAUGCUUGAGAUCCUGGGGGGCUUCCUGCCAUUUCUCUUGUUGUUUGUCUGCCAUGUGCUCACCCAGGCUGCAGCCUGCCGGACCUGCCAGACCUGCCGCCACCACCAGCCUCAACCCUCGGCCUGCCAUGGCUUUGCCCGUGUGGCUAAGACCAUUUUGUCAGCCUAUGUGGUCCUGCGACUGCCUUACCAAUUGGCACAGCUGCUCUACCUGGCUUUCCUAUGGGACAUCUAUCCCGGCUACCUGCUCUGGGAGGCCCUGGUCUACUCUGACUACCUGAUCCUACUCAAUAGCUGCCUGAGCCCCUUCCUCUGCCUCAUGGCCAGCACUAACCUUCGAGCCCUACUGCGCACCAUGCUUUCCUCCUUUGCUGCCGCCCUCUGUGAGGAGCAGCCAGGCAGUUUCACACCAGCUGAGCCACAGACACAGGUGGCCUCUCAGAGCCCAACUCUAACAGCAGAGGCCCACCCUCAAGUGAACCCCACAGCCCAGCCACCACUGAACCCCAUGGCCCAGCCUCAGGUGAACCCCACAGCCCAGAUAUCAUUGGACGCCAUAGCCCAGCCUCAGGUGAACCCCACAGCCCAGAUACCACUGGACCCUAUCACCCAGCCUCAAGUAAACCCCACAGCCCAGCCAGUACUGGACUCGAUAGACCAGCCUCAGUUGAACCCCACAGUCCAGCCAGAGUUGGAUGAUAUGGUCCAGCCACAGUCCCCUGGCCCUGCUACCAGGACCUCCAGGUCCUGUGAGGAAGCUUCUUUUAGCCCAUCUCUAGAUCCUUCACCUGAGCCCCCUGAGAGCCCAGCCAUACCAGUGGUCCCCGAGGGAGAAAGCCCCAGCAGUGCCUCACAAACAGAGGUCCCCAGUGUAGGCCCCACAUGAGG